UUAAGUACUAGCUGCUUAUAUAUAAGGACCAUGAUACCUGGCAUUGGCAUCACACACAUCACUCAUAUCCCAAGUACACACAUCGACCAUAGGUUAAAGUUUGCAGAUCCGUUGUAGACAACGCAAGAAGAAACCACCAAACACGAAAUGGCUUCUUUCAAGUAUCUGAUAUUCAUCACCUUGGCCGUGUACUCCGUUUUCGCCGAAGAAGGAGUAAGAGAAAAGAAACACGCAUACAUUGCCGCUGCCCCAGCUCCGAUUUUGGGUUACUCUGCCUCAGCUCCUGGAUCGUUUUCAUACGGAUACUCUGAUUACACCAGUUAUCCAUACAACUAUGCUGUGAAAGCAGCUGCAUACCACGCACCCGCCGUAUAUCCAGCAGCAACAUACCCCGCAGCAACAGUUUAUGCCGCUCCAGCAUAUCCAAGCUACCACAAAGAUGAUGGCAAAUACUGGCCCGGAAAAUACGAAAAGACUUACGUUCCAGCACUUCCAGCCUACAAGGCAGCAUACCCAAGCUACCCAGAAGAUGACGGAAAAUACUGGCCCGGCAAAUACGAAAAGACUUACAUCCCUACCUACCCAGCCUACAAGGCCGGAUAUCCAGUCGCUUAUCAUUACUAAACACUCCCACAACGAUUCUCAACCUUCCAUUAACUCGUAUAGUUUUUUUAUACUACUUUUAACAAUAAAAAUGUGAUCUUACUUUCGUCA